GCGACCGUCCCUCGCCGGUCCCGCAUGAGUGCCCAGGAGCAGCUGGACAGGAUGCAGCGGCACCAGGAGGCCAAACGAAAAUCUGAGGCUGCCCAGACCUCUCCCCUGGGUCACUGGCGAGACUCUCUCAGGCGUGGGUCUAGCCGGCCCCUCCCCAAUGCCCCCCCUGAGUCAUCACCCAAGGAGGGAGUGCCAAUUGGGGAACUCAAGCCUCCUCGAUGCCCCCCAACCCCUGAGUGGGAGCGACAGCGAGUAAUCCAGCUCUCCUAUGCGCUGGCGACAGAGGCUUCGCAGCGGGGAAAACUCAUCACAGGAAGGUCCAGCUCUCGCUCCUCCCUAGAUGAUUUGCUUGCCUCACAAGAUGGCUUGAACCAUCACCAUUGUCCUGGGAAUGGCACCUCCCUAAAGCCAGACUCUAGUAAUAUAACAGCUGAACAUGAUCAAACAAUUGCUCAGAAUCCAAGCUGCAGCACUAACUCUGAAGUUGCAAAUCAGGUGCUAGCUUCAUCCCAAGCAACCAAUCCAGCGUUGAGUGCUUCAGAAGCUUCUGAUUGGUCCUUGCCUUGUCCUUGCAAGGAAAGUUGGUUGUCAUCCAAUGUGAAGACUCCACAAUCAACAUCACACCUGUGUGACUCAGCCAGAGAGGAGCCAGUCCUAUUUAGCUGCCCUCACUGGGAGGAACCUUCGCCUCAGCCAGCCAAUUGGAACUCAUGUGUUUGCAGAACAGCCAAUUGGGUUUUGCCUCCUUUAUGGGACUUGGAGAUGUGGGCAUCUGAUCAAAAGCUAGUAGGCAAUCCAAGCCUACACAAUGGUAGCUGUGUCAAUUGGAGAGCUGAGCCUCAUCAUGUAGCAGCAUAUUUUGGAGAAAUGGCACAGCCUGUCAAGGUUACCUUGAUAAAAUCAAGUUUUUAACUCAUGUGGGUAGAGGAUGAAGAGAAGUCCUGCAGCAUGGUAACAGAAUAGGGACAAGCCCCUAGAGAUGGUUGCCUCAGAAUGAGAGCUCCAAACUCUAGAAAUAAUCAAAGCAAGAGUGGUUAAAACCUUGGCCUAUAAGGUCAGAAAUGCCAUGAUAUUUUCUUGCAUGUGAACAUCCCCAACAAAGGACAUGCAUUUCCAGACCAACUUUUCCCAGUCACUGUCUCAUUAACUCAUCCCAGUCUAGAAGUGUGCUUUAUCAUGAAAAAUGCUUUUUAGUUUUCAUUGCUGCUGCAUUCCCAGACAUCCUCAGAAAUAAAUCAUGAUGACCUUAGUCUAUAGAUUCACAUACUGGACUGGGAAAUGGGAACCCCAUUUCAAAUCCCGUAUUCAUGAAAUUUAAUAGUUAUGGCACAGAAUGCUCUUAUUCCUUGAUUUUUAGGUGGACACAAUCCACCUAGAUUGCCCAAGGAGAUGGCAGUAGGAAGUGUUUUCCCUAAAAAAAAGAAAAGCUAAGGCAUUCAUGUACAGAUGCUUGUUUAUAGUGGGAAGCUCCUUAAAAAUAAGGUUACCAUGCUUAAAGAUGCACAAAUCUUUGAUGAGAAAUGUAGACAUUAAUGGACAUUCCUGCCUAUUCGUCUCUGUAGAUACUCAUUCAUAUCCACCUAAACCAUUCUGAAGACAUUCUGUACAUCCUAGCUGGGUGAUACUGACAUUUUCUGCAAAUUCAUAUUUGCUUAUAACCUUGCAGAAAUUAUUGGCUUCAAAGAGACAGUUUAUCAUUCCAGCUUGCAAGCACCUGUGUUCCAGUGCUGUUGUCAUUUUUUGAGACAUCAUUCAACUCCCAGGUUGCAGAUUAAAAAAAAAAAAAAAAGCUUUCUUAAUCAGCAUGGAAGAUAUUUGAGCAGCAUAUCCCUGGGAGUGAAUGUAGGAACACAGAUGUUUCUUCAGCAUUUGCUUGUGUAUGACUGCUGAUUCCCUUUUCAUAGUUUGGUUUGUUACAGUUGUCUUUUGGGUUGUAAAUGGUUAUCUUUUUUUUUUUUUUUACUGUAAAUAGGGAUGGGCUUUCAGACAUAAGGAUUAUUUUCUUGGAAUGUCCUAUCAAAAUGCAAGCUC